CAUCACUGCUAAACUGAAAGAGAAGAGACUAGAACUAGACUGUACUGUACUAUCAGUGUAACAAGUGUCGGCGUUUAGUUGUUGAAUUAUUACAUUAUGAUUUACGAAUGGCUGAGUCUAUGAGAAUGGAUUUACAUUAACUUUGUAUGAACGAAACUAUCAUAAUAAGAUGUAAUUUUUGAUUGCGUGUUUCUUAAGUUAUAUAACCUGGCAGUUUCUCAAUUUUUUGUUUGUAAACGGUAUAAUUUUAUAAACCUAGCUUGUUUCUGCAAUAUUUUACAAGCUAUGGCAGCUGUGAAAAUGAAAAAUAACAAAACAACCAACCUAUGCACAAUAGGCUAGUAAUUUCAAAAGAGCUUGGAAAUGAAAAAUAAUUAUUUUUUCUUGCGUUACCUAUCUUAUUUAUUGCUAGUAAAAUUGUAGGUAUAAUGAAGGCCAUUGCUGUUUCUGUGUGGAUUUUUAUCAAUUUGGUGUUUUUUGGUAUGUGUGGAUAUAUUUAUUUAUUGUGGUCCCAGUAUUGGCAUUAUAUAUCAAGGCAUCAACAACACUCUGAUAAUUUAGGUCUAGUUAGAAAAUCUGACAAUAGACCUCUUGUUGAUUACUUUCAGGAUACCAUUCAGUUAGAUGAACGUAUAGAACAUUUGCCACAAGAUUUAAACUGGGGCCACCAAAAAACUACUCCAGUAAUUGUGAGGAGAAAAAGCAAACCACGUUUCACCAAAGUACGGUUCACUGACCCACCCUCAGCAGCAAUACCUUGUGGCCCCCAGUGCAACAGUAGCAACAAAUUGACUGCGUUUAAAAACCAACUGAUCGUGCGGCUUCGCAGGGUGUUGCAUGAGGAAAGUAAUGUGUUCAAAUCUCGAGCAGACAACCCGUACAGCGUGAGCUACAGUGGGCGGCGUGGUGUGUCUGCUGGCACUUCCCCACAAAAGCUGGUGUGUGACUUGUAUAGGUCACUGCCUCACGUGCGUACCAUUACUGGCCAGACCAAACCUUUCGCAGGGACAGAGCUGGGACAAGCCAUACCUUCUGCCCCGCUCUUUGCUACUAACGAACGAUACAACAACUGUGCGAUCAUUACGAAUGCUGCUUCUUUCAUUGGGUCAAAUCUUGGUCCUCUUAUUGACAGCCAUGACUUGGUUCUCAGGUUUAACCAUGCUCCAACUUCAGGAUAUGAGGCCGAUGUUGGUUCCAAGACAUCUAUACGAAUACUCAACUCUCAGGUGGUUUCUAAACCACAAUUCCAUUUCCUUGAUUCAGAAAUGUAUCAAGGUCUACGUCUGUUAGCGUGGGAUCCUUCCAAUUACACUUCCUCAUUACACCAGUGGAGACAAAAGCCUGACUUUGAUGUAUUUUCUCCGUACAUGACUCAUCGUCGGCAGUAUCCCGACACCCCCCUAUACCUGGUAGAUCCUAGAGAUCUCUGGCGACUCUGGGACUUCCUUCAGGCUCGCACUCCUGCUCGGAUACGUAGGAAUCCACCAUCUUCUGGGUUUCUAGGAUUGGCACUACUACUGCCUCACUGCUCAUAUGUCAACUUGUUUGAGUAUGUACCUUCAAUGCGACUGACGAAACGCUGCCAUUAUUUUGACAACAAUGAGGACGUCUCCUGUACAUUUGGAGUUUGGCAUCCUUUGGCUGCAGAGAAACUGCUGGCUCUCAGCCUGAACACUGCACCAGACAAGACAGUCUUCCAGACCGGCUACAUCACAGUACCGGGGUAUCAGACCUUGGGUUGCUAACUAGUCUACUUACAUUUUCUGUUUUUUUUUUUUAGGAUUUUGUCAACUAAAACUCAGUGGCAAAAUAGCGAUCAUUGCUUUUUAUUAAGCAUUUUCAUUAUAAUAAUCCUAAAACAGUUGUAGCAUAGAUAUGCAACAGUUAACAUUCAAUUGUUGGUGCUUAUGUAACUGUCGAUCACAUCAAUAGCAAUUUGUAUAAUUUAUAAGUUCUUUUGUAAUUUACUAAAUUAAAUCUGCUUUUAUUUAAAUACUAAUUGAAAGGAGAAAUACAAUAAUUUGCCAUACUUAGAUUUUGAAAAAGGUGUGUUUUAAUAAUCUUCAUAAAUUGGAAUGAAAAGGGUAUUUUACAUUAAAACUCUACUGUCAAACAAUAGUACGUUUGCAAUAAUUUAAUGAGUUGUUGUGUUAAGUUGUUUAGUUUCAGUAACAAGCCAACAUUAACAUUGAACAGUAAAUUCUAUCUCUGGAGACUGCUGCUAUCAAAAUUAACACUUAAAAAUUGUCUAUGAGGUAUUUUGAAUUUCCACAAUUAUAUUUAAAUUCGAAAAUAUACCGGUUAGCUAUUUAUAUGUCCCUAAUCUUCGCCAUUACGGUACUCUCUUACAUUUUAUAAAUGCAAAAGUGAAUUUGUUUGCUUCUUACGCUUUCACGCUUUAACUAUUCAACUGAUUGUACUGAAAUUUUACAUGGACAUUCUUUUGGUCUCUGGUUAACAUAUAAGCCUAUUCUUCUUUUGAAGAGAAUCCCACUGGUUUCUAUAGUAGCAAAAAUCCCAUCUUGGUCUCUAAAGUUGCAGUAUAGCAAACAAAUAUUACAAUUCGUAAGAGUUUGUUGAAUGUAAUUGACUUUUUUUAUAAACAUCGUUUUUUGUUAGCACAACCAUAUAUUUAAUUAAUUUUACAACUAUUUUAAAUUUAUUUAUAUUUAUAGUGUGAAAGCAUAGAGUAAGCUUGAUAGCAACAACACUUCUUAUUUCAACCGUUUCAACCAAAUAGCAAAAUUAAAACUUUUAUUAAAAAUAUACUUUUAACUGUCCUUUUUUGAAAAUAUUGAGCAUACAGUGCUUCGUCAGUACUACAAUGCAGAUAUAAAGGACAAAGUAUUUAACUUAUACUCUAAAUUUAAAGACUGUUAUAAAACCCAUUUUUGUUGUCUUUUGACAGAAGUAGGCUUCUCAGACCUGUGUAUGUGUAUAUAUUUUCUUUAUCGGGAAACGAGGAAAAAGCAACUAUGAGACAAAAAUACUAAGACUGGAGUAAAUUAUAAUGGUCAUAAAUAUACACUUUUUGACAAUUUUCUUGCUCAUGGCAACAAGGCAAACUUGACAUUGCCGUUGGAAGUAUAAUUUACUCGAACCAGAAGUGCUCAUAUACUUGCAAAGCCUUAAAAAUUGCGUGCAAAGCUGUGGGUAUCUACUAGUGUUGGUAUAAAAUGAAAUCUUUUGGAAGUUUUUUAUUCCGAGAAAGAUAUUAGUAAGAAGCAGACUUGCAGCACGUGAGAUUAAAAUAGUAAUUUAAGGAUGGGAAUAAACUGAUGAAAUUGUAUUGCAGUCAGUUUUUUUUCUCAGGUGGAGAAUAACCAUUUCAAGUAUCUUGUAUCAACAGACAACUAGAUAAAGAGACUGAAAUUCACAAAUUUCUGCCAAAUAAUCUAUUUGUUUUUUGCAGCUACGAGGAUUUAUCAUGUACACCAAUUUAUGUGUAUGCUUAGUUUAAGUGUAUCUACGUAGGAAAAAUAUAUUGUAAAAAAAUUA